AUUAUUCAUAUUUUAUAUUAAUAUUUUUCUGUCCGUUAUAUUUUAUACCAAACGUAAUUUAUAUAUUAUCUGAUUUUUAUUCGCGAUAAAUUGCGCUUGUAUAUAUUCUAGUUAUUCCUUAUCGUAAUUUUCCACGUUCUUUAUUAAAUUUUUCUUGCGUAAAUAUUAGCUCGCGAAUAAAUCAUCUGCCUCCCAAUAUUUUUAUCUUGUACUUAAUUUUAAAUUUGAAUUCUGUUUGUUAAAAUAAAUAAUUUAUAUAUAAAUUUAUAUAUAAAUGUGCAAUGUAAUUAAAUUUGAAAUUUAUAUAGAUCGAAAUAUUUGACGUUUCAAUUACAUUAUAAUAUUUAGACGCAAAAUAACGAAAUUGUUUGAACUACUAUCUCAUCGUGAUCGAAAAUAUUUUGAAAAAAAGAUAUAUUAUAUAUAAUGGUACAUGUAUAUAUACAAUAUAUAUAGACCUUAUGAUUUUUCGAAACUCACAAUAGGUAAAUACAUCAGUUAAUGGCUUGUACAUAUUUAAGGUCAAGGAUGUUUAAGAGCACAUACAUAGAUUCGAAGGUCGGUGACUCAAGAUUUUUCAUGCGUCACGAAUGCGUAACAAAUUACUAUAAAAGUCGAUGGUUAAAAGAUCUUUACGAGAAACAUCAUCUUCGAAACACUAAAAGGUGCCAAUCGUUGUCAGAAUCUUGGUGAUGCAACAAACCGGAAGAACAUCUCGCUUAAAAGAAGAUUUGAAAACAGAUUACACAAAAGUCAAAAUUCCGCCGAUUCAUUCUGCCUACGACGAAAACUGACAUAUCAAUAUAAAUUUUUCCUUAGCAUGGAAAGUGUCCUAAAUAUAUUGUCUCGUAUCGAUUAAUUCUGAGAAAUUGGCGGUCGAUAAACUUAUUUUUAUUGAUGUAAUUAUUAUAAGUUGAUAUGGCAACCCGAGUUGUGUUUAUUCCAUGGUAGUAUGUACGACCGUGGUUUAUUCCAAUUCGAGUCAGACUUUUUACAUAUACGAGAAUGCGACAAAAAUGAAAGAACAAUAAUCAAAAGUAUUUUAGCAUUAUUUUAAAGGUAUUAAUCGAAUAGUUUUUAACAAUGGCAACGCGUGGAAAAAGCAAGAAAAAGACCGGCGUGAAAACUAAUGGAAAGAAUAAUGGAAAAAGUGCUAAAGAUGGCAAUGGUAACAAGAAUAAAGGAUCAAAAAAAUCGAGAAGAAGUGGUGGGAAAGCAAGAUUUGCUAUGGAUAUCUUUAACGAGGAGGUGAUGGAAAAUGCUUAUUAUACAUGUCACAAUAUUAUGGACGUGCUUAAGUGCCGAGGUUUCCCAUGGCCAGAAGCUCAGAAAAAGAAGAAAGGAAAAAAAAAGAAAUAAAUAAUUGCACUAAUGCCUGAA